GACAGACAGCCCAUUUAUUCUGCCUUCUCUGGCGAAGAUCAGUGUAGAAUAGAACAAUACAGCAAUAGGUAGUUUAUGAUAGUGGUCGUCAGAACCACAUCGCUUUUUGUUCCAUUUAAUAGCGAGUAAAAGUACUUGAGGAAAAGUGUGUUGUCUUCAACCAGCUAGUGAACGUGUGGGAUGGCAGCUCCCCGACCCAUAAAAGGUAUUCUGAAGAACAAGAACAGCGGGGCAAGCACCAAAGCUGGCCCCGAAGUGUCAUUGGAGAGUUCAGAGCAAGCACCACAAGGGGUUCUGGACGAUGACCAUCAAAAGAAGUCACAGAAAUGGGACGAAAUGAACAUCUUGGCCACGUAUCAUCCAGCAGAUAAGGAUUAUGGCUUAAUGAAAAUCGAUGAACCUAGUACCCCUUAUAACCGGAUGGUGGGGGAUGAGGACGAUGAGGGAACACACAGUGAUUCUGAUGGGAACGCGGCUCUCACAGUGGAUGACCUGGCCAAGAAGCUGGCAGCGGCAGAAGGAACAGAUCCCCGCUUUAUGAGGGAGGAAGAGGAGGAAAGCAGUGAGGAGGAAGAAGAGCUUAGCCCAGAGGCACAAGAGAAAAAGAAACAGUUUCAGAUGAUGAGGAAAAUGCAUUACAAUGAAGGUCUCAACAUUAAGCUAGCUAGACAGCUCAUCGCCAGCGAGCUCGACGAAGAUGAAGAGGACGAGGAGAUGAAGGAUGAAAUGGAAACAGAGGACAUAAAUGUAGACCCCCCUCAAGACGCUGAUCCAUUGGAUUCCUAGAGGACAACACUCAACGUUCGACCUCUGUCUCGGAUCAUGAAAUGCUCGGAAGCACAGUGUUGUCAUGCCGACCAUAGAGGACACUGCUACAGCCCCACCCUCAGCCCAGCCCCCUUCCUCUCCAAAGUCUGUAUUUUAUGAACAGUGCAAUGCAAAGCAUAUCGACCUGCUGGUU